GAAUGCAGAGAGGAGUGGAAACCCUCUUUUAAGGAUUCAUAAAGAAGGAUCACUUCCUUUGGAGCCUUGGAAGAAUAGGUGCAACGAUUUAAUCAGCUCAAAUUAUGGUUAAAUUCACUCCAAAGUAGUGAUUGAUUUUUAUUUACAGUGAAUUCCAUUAUUUUUUUUAGUGCGGAUUCCUCUAGUUUGAGCUUUGAUUCCACUCACGAUCAUAGCAGAGGGUAGAUUGACCCUGGCAUUGGUUUCAUGGCACGUGUUGGAAUCAAAAUAUUGUCAUGUGCCCCGGAAGUACACUUAGGAAGUCCAUGAUCGAGAUAACACAAGGUCACAUCACCAAUACACCAGUGACCAGAUAUUAAACUUUUCCACUGUCGAAUGCGAACUGAUUCUGUCAAACUAACAUAAAAACUUUAAUUUUGUUUUCAAUUUUAAUUGAAGUUUCAAUUAAAAUGAUGACAAUUAACUUUAUAGGAUGUUAGUAUAAUAUAAGUUAUCUGCCAAAUGUCAUUCUUUAAACGAAAACGUUGCAAUGUAGAUAAUUUUGCCAUAUUGACAUUUUCUAGAUGAAUAUGUUAACAUAAUAAUUAUGUCGAUCUGAUACACUGAUUUCAAAUGACUAUAGUUGUCGAGGAAAGAAAAAUCCUUUUCACAAAAUGUAAUCAGAUACCAGUAGGAAAAAAAUAUAAAUAUAUUAUAUUUAGACUUGAAUAAUUAUUCACGACUCACUGCACUGUAAUGCUGAAAACAUAGUUAUUGUGAAGAGCCUAUAUAUUUUGACAGGAGUAUAUGCAUGAAAACGGUGAACGCUACUUGGUAGGCCGAUCCCCGACCUGCUAUAUUUGGAAAACAUUAUGACACCUGGCACUAAUUUGUUUUGGCAGGUAGUUCUAAAAUGAGCAGAGAUGGUCCAGAGUUGACGCGUACUGUUCAAAAGGCAGUUGGAAGGUUUGAUUAAUAGUCCUCCAGUGUGUGAAGCGUUCUGCGUCGACGCUAAUCUCCUUGUUGCAGAAUUGAAAUCAUUGUAUAAGCAGGAUCUACCCUGAUGAUAUGUGAAACAAAAGCUUUACCUGUUUUGGACGAACAAUUAAAAUAACAAAAGAGAUGCAGAGCUCGACGACAACGGCUGGCAGAUUGUCUACGAAAAUGAUCGGGGAUAAACCACUAUUGGUACCAGAUCGGCACACCACUGACGUAGGUAUGGAAGAUAAAGCCAAUGAAAACGUGACGGAGAUCAACGCAAAUUAUGUCACGUCGGAGGUUGUUAGUCGAGGACUUGGGAAUACAGGAAUACAGGAGCACAAAAUGGCGAAGAAAAAUUCCUUGUUUGUAGAUAGAUCACACAAUGUGAGAGAGCUAGAAGCAGAAUGCCAUGGGGAUGAUAGAGACGUUGACAUCAUGGGGCGAGAACGGACGUCGAAAGAUGUGGCGCAGACGAAGAGCCAAACCAAGAAUUUAAGAUCUGAAAAAGGCGCGAAAGAUGAUGACGGGAGCCGGAGUCAAAGUAGGAGGAGACGCGGUAGAAAUGAGGACAGAAACACGGUCGGAUCAAACCAAGAACCUGCUCCAACUCGUCAUCGGUGGAAGAGGGUUCGAAAGUUCUUUGGCAAGCACUUUGGUAGAGCGCUCAAUCUCAUCGGAAUGGGAGCCCUGGUGUCACCGCCAGGACCCGGGACUUACAUCUCUGUUCAGACACGGAGCUGCUCGGAGAAUCAGAACGUGUCAGCAUCCUAUGGAAUGUUCCUCUUCUGAAGGCAGUGUGAACACUUCGAUACACUAAUAGUUGAAGAUUAUAUAAGUUUCGAUUUUGCGAUAAAUUACACGUACUUUUGAAUUGUGCAAUCGUGGACUACUCAUAUAUCAUUUGUGAUUGUCGGCGUUGUUAAGCACCGGGAAAUUCGACAAACAAACAAACAAACUUGAAUAUUAAAAAAGAGGCAACAAACAAAUGAAAUAAAAUGAACAUGGCAGCAAAAUCAUCUCGUGCUUUACCACGGAAAAGGCUUCGAUUUUCUGUCAUAUUUCUGAGGAGAGAGCAGCGACGAGUUUACGAUUCGUAAACCAUUUUUUUGUUUUGGGCAGGUUCAACAUUCUUGAUGCCCUUACGAUCCGUGACGAUUGUGUGCGAUAUAUUAAGAUAUCCUGCAGUUCUGAAGAUCAGAUGCUGUAGACGAUCAUAAUUUAUCGGAGAGAGAGAGAGCAUAUCUUAAGUGGCAGCUUCAUGUGGACUACUUUGAAUUAACGGAAGGUCAUGAUGUCUAAAUCAAAAUAUUAUUUCGACGACUCCUUCCAGCUGAAAACUAGAAAUGGCACACCGACAGCCAAGAGUAAAUUGGUACAGUGGAUAUAAAGAUGAACGCUCAUCAUGAAUUUCGGUUGUUAAAUGAUCAUACUAAAUUUAGUGAAUUAUUGUGUAUGUUUAUCAACAUUGCAUGAAUAUGGACGACCCCCUGAUUACAACCAGUAUAACCAUUUCGGUGAAUGUUUCGAUAGUGCAAUAGCCCUCGCUGUAAUGGUCUUCUUAACCGUUUAUGAAGAAAGAGGACGAGGGAGAGGGGGGAGGAGAGAAAAAA